CCUCCCGGGCCGGCCCAGCCCCGGCGCCGCGCAGCCGGCGAGGUCGGGGUCCGCGGAGAGCCGGAGGAGGGAGCGGGACCGGGGCAGGUACCCGGCUGCCCCCCACCCCAGCAGGUCGCCCCUGUCGCCGUGUCACGAUGGCGGCGACCUCCUGCGCGGCCACCUGGCGCCGCGGCGCUGCCCCGGGCUCGCCGGGGGCCGGGAAAAGUUUGGGAGGCGGCGGCGGCGAGCGCAGGAGGCGGCGCGGGGCCGCGGGGCUGAGCUGCGGCUCGGACGGAGCUGAUAAAUUCUCUUCUGACUGAAAGAAUCCAGGAAAAGGAAGGGUGGGAAAAAAUGGUGUGGGUCAUCCUUUAAAUACGUUUACAUUCAUCUGGGACCUGGUUUGCUCCUCCCCUCUUUCAUGAGGCACUUGAAAAGGGCCUGGUUUCUGAACCUUUCUCCCAAAUUAACAUGAGAGACUCGCUGGAGCUGGGGAUACCCACUGCAUGCCCAGAGGAGUACUUGGAGGAACGUGGUUUGAUCUCCCUCUUGUGGAAAAUUAUUGGAACUAAAUUCUUGUGAUACUAAAGAAGAAACAUCCCACAUCAGCUCAUAAACGAUGUCAGCAGUUACUGUGCCCCCUGCUGAUGUUGUUGGCCCUCAAGCAAGUGAAGGGAUGGACUCUCUGAUCGUACUGCAUUAUAAUUACACAGGAAAGCUCAUUCUAAGGGAAAAGGCAACUGAUAAAAUAGACCUGACCACUAUUGCAUUUCUGAUCCUAUGUAGUUUCAUAGUCCUGGAAAACUUGAUGGUGUUGAUUGCCAUAUGGAAAAACAAUAAGUUUCACAACCGCAUGUACUUUUUCAUUGGCAAUCUAGCUCUCUGUGAUCUUUUAGCUGGGAUUGUUUACAAGGUAAACAUUCUUAUGUCUGGGAAGAAAACUCUGAGUUUGUCCUCAACAAUCUGGUUCAUUAGAGAAGGCAGUAUGUUUGUUGCACUGGGAGCCUCCACCUUCAGCUUACUAGCAAUAGCUAUUGAGCGGCAUUUGACUAUGAUUAAGAUGAGGCCUUAUGAUGCAAAUAAGAAAUAUAGAGUGUUCCUUCUCAUUGGAACAUGCUGGCUUAUUUCGAUUUCCUUGGGUGCCUUACCCAUCCUUGGCUGGAACUGUAUAAACAACUUGCCAGAUUGUUCAACCAUUUUGCCUCUUUACUCCAAGAAGUAUGUUGUAUUCUGCAUUAGUAUCUUCAUAGCCAUUCUCGUGGCCAUUGUUAUCCUUUAUGCACGCAUCUACAUCCUGGUAAAGUCCAGCAGCCGAAAUGUCACUAACCACAAUAACUCGGAGCGGUCCAUGGCACUCCUUAGGACUGUUGUGAUCGUUGUAAGUGUCUUCAUUGCCUGCUGGUCUCCGUUGUUCAUUCUGUUCCUCAUUGAUGUAGCCUGCAGAGUCAAGGAGUGCUCUGUCUUGUACAAAGCCAACUGGUUUAUUGCUCUGGCAGUCAUCAAUUCUGCAAUGAACCCCAUCAUCUAUACUUUGGCCAGUAAGGAAAUGCGUCGGGCUUUCUUUCGCCUUGUUUGUGGUUGCCUGGUGAAAUCCAGGGUAGCCAGAUCUUUGCCUAUUCAGCCCACGCCAGAUCACAGUCGAAGUAAAUCCAGCAGCAGCAAUACCCAGAAGCCAAAGGAAGAUUUCCCUCAGAUGAGUAUUCCUUCGUGUGUUAUUGAGAAGCGUGAAUCUUCAUUUCACAAUGGAAACUUCUGUAAGUAAUGGACUCUUCAAGUCAAGGACCUUUCUGUGGCUUAGAAUUAAACUACAAGUGUAGUUUAAAUAUUCAUGCACUUAAAUCAUAGGGGAAAACACUAACCACUUAUUUAACGUUGAGGACUUAAUUAUCAACAAUCAUUUGCUUUGUGUGUUCUUUCAGUAACACACCUGAUUCAGAAAAGCUUUCCAUGCUACCCAACAGCCAAUACAGAGUCCAUGUACAUCUGUUGACAUUGUGCACCGUGAUGGCAUUGCAUGAUGAGGUUGCAUUUGGCACCACCUGAUCCUGCAAGACAUCAAGAAAACCUGUUAACAUUCACUAAAUAUUCAUCUAAUAAACAUAACUUCAGCAUUCACUAAACGCUGCUGAUAAUCAGAAAAUGAGCCUGAUUAUUACCAACUGGGAGAAAAGCUCAUUACAUAUAUUGGGGAUUAUAGUUCUGUAUAUGUACCUUGCUGUUAUGUUAAUGGCCUUACUUGUAUGUGGUAUAAAUAGCUGUAUAUUUGUACAAUUCCAUAAUAAAAAGUCAAUGUUUGGUUAGAGUUUACAAUAUUUUAAACAUUGUAUUGUAGUAUAGAGUGUAAGGUGACAAAUUAUUCAAAAACAUAGAUGUGUUUUGAAGGGGAUUUUUAAAAUACAUGAAGUAGUAGCUUUAAACUGACAGGAACUUUAACAUGCCAUAUCAAUGCAGUACAUUUGUUUUUUCUACUGUUAGUCAAACUUUUAAUGUUUAGUGAAAGACAACAUGAUAGUUGUCACUGUGACAUUUCACAACUUUUAAAAAAAGCAGUAGUAAAUAACCAUUAAAUGAGGUUAUAUAUGUUUUCUAUUUAAAGUAGUUAAAAUGUGACCCAUCAAUACAUAUAUCAAGGGUAAGUACUAUUUCAAUGCAUAUAUUUUUACUUACUAUUUUCAAUGUAUUUAAAAAUGUAUGUCAAACCUAUGUAAACCUGUGUACAUUGUGAAUGCACUACCUAAGCUGAGAUUCUUCAGUUCUGAAGCAGAGACGUACCAUUUCAGAAAGCAAUGAACCACAACCCGGUCCUUGUGGAGUUCCUCGUUUUCCCUCCAGGCACUACUACAGCAUGGGAUUGUGUUAUAGCUUCUUCCUGGGAAGAAGCCCAGCCAGCAGGACAAGAUCCUUUUUGCUGGCAAUGGGACCUUACGCUUUUACCGUCUCUGAGCACUUUUGCAGAUACAAGAGGGAAGAUGCGGUACAGCAGGGUCAUGCUGAAGGGCAUAUCUCCAUUUAUACCUGACCCUGCCUUGGAUAUGGAAUGAUCUAUUCAGUUUGGAUGAUCUUUCAACUUUUCUGGAGCCCUAGAAUCAUUCUUGUGAGGGGCUGUUCCACAGAAACCUGUACGAAAAAGGUUUAUGGUUUAUCACUGCCCUACCAGCCUCAGUACAGGGUGCUGUUCAGCAUCAAGGGGGUUCCCUAAGACCUAGAGUAAUUAAGACUUCAUAAACAUCUGGGUGCAAGUCUCCAUGGAAGUGGCCCAUGGUACUUCCAUCAGUACUAGUACUUUACAGCUGGAAGCUUCAGUGUAGGUUUCCCCUUCACUGGAAGGGAAAUUCUCAGAUUAGUUCUCAAUGUAAACUUCUAACUUUCUUGGGCUCCUUUGAAGAUUCCUGCUUAAUGCCUCAAACCACACUUUGCCUUAAGCAUAAUCAGAAGAAGUUGAGGCUUUUUAAUUAACAACUUGUAGGAGCUCAUCCUUGGCUUCACUCCUGUCUUAAUCACUUAAACAGUAAGACUCUUUCAAAGUACGUACAGUGUGUAAAUGGUGUAAUGUGUGUAGCAAAAGCCUUUAAAGUGUAGAAGUUUGCAUUGUGAUUAUCUUCUUACAAGCUAGCAGUCUACUUGUAAAUGUUUUAUGCUGUUAUUAAACUGUAAGAGCAAAGAAGAAUAUAAAAUGAAUUUGAAUGAAGUAACUGUGAAAGAGAGUAGAAAAUGGAUUACUUCUACCAAAAAUGUUGAAAAGAAGUGCAUAUAGAGAAAGAACAAACUAAACUAAGCUAAGCAUGAACAGGAGCAUGAACUGCAGAUACAGGCUAGGUCAGCAGCUCUGUAGCUUUGUUAGAAAUAGAACUGACAACAUUGCAUUGUUGUGGCUUAGGUUUUUAGGUGUUACAGUGCUAUUUGUCUGUAUUUUCAAUCUUGAAGGUCUCCCUUGAAGUUGUGUCUUUGAAAACUGCCUGCUAAAAUGUUUGUGUGCUUCUAAACGUUAGCUCAUGAGUGAUGGCACGUGGCAGCAUUCCUUGCUAUUUGCAAAGGAGAUAGGCCUUAGCAGGACAACUGUUUGAGAAAACAUUGUGGCUGACCCCACACCAAACCUCACAUUGUGUUGUGAUGUUGUGAUUCUCUGUAUUUAGGUGAAAAGUAAAAAAUGAGUAUUUGUAGUGGCCAAAGUCUCAGAAUGUGCCUGUAAAAGUGAAUUUUAACAUCUGGAUGAUAGCCUUAGCAAUUUGUUAGAGUUGACGCAGGGUACAAGCAAUGCAAGCAACUGUUUGAGGCCAUGUGAUUGUGUGUCAAUAAAA